AUGCAGUUUGCGUUCAGUAUUGGCUUUUAAUGACAGUGGAUAGAUACUUCACAGAAUAACAAUCGGUUAAUAGUUGAGAUACAAAACUAAAAUAGUUCGAAAUGAAAUCGUUUGUAAUUAGUAUUUUUAUUGUGUUGGCACUGACAUUGCUCGUAAAGUCCAAGCCAACAUCUCAUUCCGCUGAGGAAAAGGAAUUUCAGAUAGCGACUCGCAAAUGUCAAAAGAAACUAAAUAUUUCGGAUGAAGAAUUUGAAGAAUGGUUCGAUUAUGACGACGACGACGAAGAUAAUACAAAUAGUACACAAAAUGAUAUUGAUGAUGACGAAGAUUCUGAUAAUACCGAGGAUGACGAAGAUGACGAAGAUUCUGAUGAUACCGAGAAUUACAGUGAAUUUGAUUUCAGUCAAAUACCGAAGCAAAUCAAAUGCUUUGCCAAUUGUUUGUUGGAAGAAAUGAAUUUAUUAGAUAAAAAUGGAAAAUUGGAUACUAAAAAAGUUGUUAAGUAUGCUUAUUCCGAUGAUGAAGAUUUGGAAGGUAUAAACAAAUGCAAGACCUUACAUGAUGCUGAAGAAGAUGCUUGUGAAUAUGGUGCAAAAAUAAUGGUAUGUUACUCCUGGUUUCUCUACAGUAACGCCACAACCACUGAAGACGUUUAAUUAACUAAAAGUUAAUCCUAUAUUUUUUUAUAUUAAUAAUUAAAUAAUAAUUAUUUUGUGCACAAAUGAGUAUAAAAAAAUUAAAUUUAUAAUUAUAACCAAAAGCUGUAAUGUGAUAAAUAAGAGUCAAUAAAAGAUUUAACUAAAAAUUGUGUUUAAAAAAUGUUUAAAAAAACGAUCCGAUACAUCCUCAGUUGAAGAAAAAAACUGAGGAGCGGAGUUCGAGCAGAAGAUAAAAAUGUGAAGUCUGAAAAUGAAUUAUGAAUAAACACUAUUGAUCGAUCUGUGUUAACUUAAUAUAUUAAUCACAUAAAA